AUGGGAUCGAAAUCCAAUUCGUCAAUAUCUUAUGGUCAAUUAUAUGAUAUUGCUCGAUCGAUCAUUGCUAUCGAUUUUGAUCAAACUAUAAAUUUGAAUAACAAAUCCUCUAACGAUGGCAAGAAUUCAGAUCACGAUGAACUAGAAAAAACAUUGACUAAAAUACUGCAAUUAUGUCAAACGAUAAUUAAUUUUUUAUUGGCCGACAUCAGACGACUUGAAGUGGAUCGUACAGAAUUGACCAAUCGAAAUAAUUUAAUUCAGGAAAAUCGUAAACUACGAAAACUACUACAAUUGCAACAAAAAGCUAUCAUAUAUAGGCGAAUGAAUUUUUUAUCCAUCACAAAUUCGCCUGAUCAUGAAUCAAUCAUUGAUCAAAAUGGAAAUAAUGGUAAUAAUGAUGAUAAUAGCUUAUAUAGCUUAGAUCAAUUGCCCACCGAUUCCAAAUCUAGUUUUCCAAUAUUGAUGAUCCUUCACAAUCGCUUCAAUCAUCUGUAG